CCGCUGCACUUCUGCACCAACACAUCCGCAUCCGAUAUCUGGGCGUGCUUACCUCUAUUACUAGUUCCUCCUCAAAACAACCCUCCGUUUCGCCGAGCAGCAUGCCUCUCUCGCGUGGCCCGUCUCCCCUCCGCCCGCCCAUCCUCGGCACGACCCCGAGCCACAGGCGGUUCGAGGCCCUGUCCCCCGUCGACAGCGAGCUGCAUCCCGUCAUCCACGCCGGUCGCGUGGCCGUCAUCACCGGCGCUGCGAGUGGCAUCGGACGUGCCGCCGCGUUCGAGUUUGCCAAGGCGGGGCUGAAGAUCGCGCUCGCCGAUGUGACGGCGGAAGCGCUCGAGAAGACGGGCAAGGAGAUCGCGGCGAUCAUCGGCGAGGGAAAUGUGCUUGUUAUCCCUACCGAUGUGUCCAAGAUGGACGAGGUCGUCCGUCUGCGCGACAAGGUCUACGAGGCCUGGGGCGAGGUCGCGGUGCUCAUGAACAACGCCGCCAUCAGUCGCCCGAGUCAUUCUUGGCAGAACACCGAAAACUGGUCGAGGGUCUUCGAAGUGAACGUGUUUGGCGUUAUUAAUGUCCAGCACACCUUCGUCCCCUCGAUGCUCCAUCAAGAGAACCCGGCGAUGGUGAUCACCACAGGCUCGAAACAGGGAAUCACGAACCCCCCGGGAAACCCCGCGUACAACGCGUCCAAGGCUGCCGUUAAGAGUUUGACGGAAGGGCUGGCGCACGAUCUGCGCCAGCGCCCUGGCUGCGCUGUCUCUGCGCACUUGUUCAUCCCGGGGUGGACGUUCACAGGUAUCACGGGGCGCUCGGCGGGCUCAGCGAAGCCCGCGGGUGCGUGGACGGCCGAAGAGGCGGUACUUUACAUGCUCGACCACGUUCGCCAGGGCGAUUUCUACAUCCUCUGCCCGGACAACGAGACGCGCCGCGAGGUCGACCAGCUGCGCGUCAUGUGGGCCGCGGGCGACGUCGCCGAGGGCAGGCCCGCGCUGAGCCGAUGGCACGCGGAGUGGAAGAACCUCUUCCAGGAGUACAUGCGCGACGGGCUGGCUGAGCUCUCGUGAAGUGUGGGUAUAAGUGAUACUGUUAUAGACCAGGCUUGAGUGGGUUGUGAAAGAAAGAAAGGUUUAAUCGUUGUAGUCAAACUGAUCAAUACAAGUUCGCUACGGGAA